AUGUCGCGUCGGGGGAUGAUUUCUUGUGUGGUGCGCGGUAUGCCCAGGAGCCGAAGUUCCGACUUCUUUGGGCCGGUUAAUCGUGUGUAUCACCUUUUCUCUGUGUGCAAGGAAGGCGACCUCGUUCGCUUCUGCGAACUAACACCCCUGGAAUUUACAAUCAACGCUUCAUUGUUACGAACAAUUUUGGUCGUGUUCUAUUUGCCUGAUGCUCGAUCGGAUCCUUUCCUGUUUCUUGUGAACACUCAACGUUCCAUCGUCGAGCCCUGUCUUGGUUUGCGUAUCACCCAUGGCUCAAAAUAUUUCUCUCCGUUUUGUGGAUGGCACUCCACUGUAAUGGCGACAAUCUGUGGAGGCGGUUCUCUUCACACGUAUGUUGUGUGGUUAUCGCCUUUCAGUUUGGUGCCCACGUCAGCCCUAGGCCGUGUCAUGACUUACAGAUCAGGACGUGGAAUUCAAGAGAAGACGGACGUUUUAGAAUUCAGUUGCGAGUGUUCUAUGCUGAAAGAACGAUCGGCCACCUAUUUCAUUGCAGGAACGGGCCACGUCUCUGCUGCGUUGAACUCGAGCCCUGGUCCACCCCUUCCUGCGAUAACAAAUUCCUCGGCUUGGUUACUUCAGCCAAAGCCUUACUCCUCCCUCGCGAGUAGACAAAUAUAUGCCGCCAAUCCAAUGCUCGAUUAUUUUUGGUCAAGAUAUACAAAUCGUUCCAUCUUUCGUCUCAACAAGUGA